UGGUGAAAUAAUAGAUCCCGGAUCCCGGAAGUGAAGUGUCUGUUUGCUACUGAAGGCACACCACAGGGCACACUUGCCAAGGACCAUCACUUAGUUGUAUUUUAUGUGACCACUUCUGUCCGUCGUGUAACUAAUAUGGGAUCUCUUUCUAACGCCACGGUGCUGAGAAAGAGAAGAGUUGAAAACGUCCCAGGACUUCGGAUUUGACCUCAAGUGGGUGCAGUUUAUCACACCAUGUUGGUGACAGCAUAUCUUGCCAUCAUUUUCCUGCUUGCCCUGUGUGUUGGCCUCGAGCUCACAGCACGCCGUCUCACCCCACCUCAGUCUACUCCUACUGCUGUAGCCAACCCAGCUUUCCGUCGCUUCCAGACUGUAUUUCUGCGGGCAUACCUUUUGGCUUUGUGGGCGGACUGGCUCCAGGGUCCUUACCUCUACAAACUGUACCGCCACUACAGCUUCCUGGAAUCCCAAAUAGCCAUCUUAUAUGUGUGUGGUCUGGCCUCCUGUGUUCUGUUUGCUCCCUUUUCAGGCUGGCUCCCUCAAGUCUUGGGCCGCAGACAGACAUGUCUUCUCUUCUGCCUGUCGUAUUCUGCUUGUUGUCUCUCCAAGCUGUCCAGAGACUACUUUGUUUUGAUUGUGGGCAGAGUUCUGGGGGGUCUGUCCACAUCCCUACUUGCCACUACAUUUGAAUCCUGGUAUGUCCACCGCCACGUUGAGGUCCAUGAUUUUCCCAAGGAGUGGAUCCCCAGCACUUUCACCAAAGCUGCUACCUGGAACCAUGGGCUUGCUGUGGGAGCAGGACUGGUGGCUAACUUGCUGGCUGAGUGGCUCCACCUGGGGCCAGUGGCCCCCUUUCUUCUAGCUGUCCCCUGCUUGGUAUGCUGUGGAUGGGUUGUGCUCACAGACUGGGGCAAGGAAGAGGCUGAAGAAGGUCCUGGAGGCGACAAACAAACCCCGCUUCUUGGUACUCCGAAUGGAGGUGUGACCCAUUUGUCUGCAAGGGCCCGGUUCUCACGCAGCUGCCAUGAUGGGUUGCGCUGCCUCCUGUCAGACAGGAGAGUCAUGCUCUUGGGUGGAGUUCAGGCUCUGUUUGAAAGUGUCCUCUACAUUUUUGUUUUCCUUUGGACCCCGGUACUGGACCCUCAUGGACCUCCUUUGGGAAUAGUGUUCUCCUGCCUGAUGGCAGCCAGCAUGGCUGGCUCCUUACUAUACCGGCUAGCCACUUCCACACGCUACCGUUUACAGCCUGGCCAUGUUCUCUGCCUGGCUGUGCUGAUGGCCUUCUUCUCCCUCUUCAUGCUGACCUUCUCCACUGCCCCUGGCCAGCCUAGACCUCAUGAAUCCUUUCUGGCCUUCCUGUUGCUGGAGCUGGCCUGUGGCCUCUACUUUCCUGCAGUCAGUUUUCUCCAGGGCAGGGUGAUCCCAGAGGAGAAGCGGGCCGGUGUGCUGGCCUGGUUCCGGCUUCCUCUGCACCUGCUUGCCUGCCUGGGGUUGCUGGCGCUCCAUGGGGAGAUGUCAGGAACAGGUGGAGGGGAGAGUGGCAGUGGCACCAGACACAUGUUUGGAGGUUGUGCAGUCAUGAUGCUGGCAGCUUUGAUGGCUGUAGUCAGUCUGUUCACUCUGGGCAGAAAUGACACAGACCUGAGACUGGAAGGAACAAGAGGGGAGGGAGAGAUGUUCUGAGGAACUGGACCAUAGAUCCAUUCAUGCUUGACUGGUUUCAACAGCUUUUUUUUUUCCAGUUUUUGUGUCUGAAAGUAAAAAUUUCUUGUAUUCCACUGGAGUAGUCAUAAGUCUACAUUUUGCCAAAUGCAUCAGUGUUGUUGUAGAUUAAAAGUCACUUAAAUCAGUUUAAUUCUUAUGUUUAUUUUGUUACCUUUUUUUGUUGAUGUUUUCUCUAAUGCUGUUUGUGUAUGGAUGCUGCUUGUGGAACAUGGCCAUAUAUACCUUCAUUUGUCAGGUAAAUGACUGAAAGCCUUGUCCUGAAGUCCUGAAUGAUUUCAUUAGCUAUUCCAGAUAACAUGUUAUUGCCUCAUUCUGUCCCACACAUGUGUGACCAGAUAUAAUUUAUAUCAACUGUCACUGUCUCUCUGAGGAAUAUAGUAGUUCCAUCAUAUGUUCAUAAACAGACCAGAAAGAUUAGAUUGAGAUUAAAGAGCUCAAUGAAGAGCCAGAGGAAUGAAGUCACAACUAACCUGUUGAUCAAUUUCUGAAUGUCACUUCUUGCUGUAAUUCUUGCAUAAUAAUUCCAAAUAAUAUUUCUUUAAGUUUUUUUUCUGCAUUUGUGUAUUCAAAAGAGCAAUAUGUAGGUCAGUUAUGUCAUUGAAUGCUUUUUUCACAGGAUAUUUUCUCUAUAUUUAUCUGUUUUUGACACUUUUAAAUAAAAGUACAUCAUCUUCAAAA